UAAAUGUAAUCGGUGGUAUUGCAUCUGAUUUAAAAUCAAAAAUACUCAAUGUUAUCUCCAGAAAAAGUAAUGGGCUUAGAAAAAAUUGUAAAACCUCUUCUAAGAAUGGUUCCUCGGCGUUAAGCAGUGUUGUCAAUGGUGGGAAUAAUGGAACUUUUAAUGCUUAUUUGUUUGACAUCCCUCUUCAUUCUGAUUCUUUUGUUCCAUCCGAAUUUCCAAUGGCAAGAUCUUUAUCUGAUAAACCUCAUGUACUAGUCCGUUCUGAGCUCACCUUAAAGAAACUUCAAAAAAAAAACUCUUGCGCUCCAGAUAUUCCUUCUCCUUUAGGUCCAAAUCGACAAAAAGAAUGGAUAAAGUCUAUAGAUUAUUUUCCUUCGGAACGCCAUUCAAAACGCAUUAAAUCAAAACCUAAACUUUCGAUGAGUGAUAAGAUGAUUGAAUCAACUGCUGCUUAUCGUGUAGGAAAAAAAUGUCGUGGUUGGCAAAAUGGCGAUGCUGAAGAAUACGCAAUAAAAAGAUUACAGGGAAAACCUAAUGAAACUAUAGAGUUUGUUUCUUUUAGUGAUGAUGGGAUAGAGUAUAUUCAGGUUAAGGAUAUAAACGUACGAUUAGACCAAGAACGUCCGAAUUUAAUUCGUAAAGAAAGAGGUUACUUUUGUAGUAAUCCAAAUAAUUCUCCUGCUGCUGUUUUGAAAUGUGCUAGGCAGUACCUGUGCAUUCUCUUAACGAUUAAGAAAAAGAUGAAUCUAUAG